AUGGCAUUUUGUAUUGGGCCGUUCUGCGGAAAAUUUCGCGAUGAACUGGGUGGUGACUCCGAUAGUGAGGAAGACGAGGAUGGAAGCAGCAUGCGGGCGAAGAACAAAAAAAAGGGGAAAAGGAGAAGGCCCAAAAAAGAAAGAAACGUGGCCUCUGCGGGCAUGAUGUGGGCGCCGUACUUGAGCGAAGUGCGAGUCCUUGUGAAGGGUCGAGGUCAGGUGGGCGAAGGGGAAAUGAAGGCAGUCACACAGCUCAAGACACCUUACAACCAAAGCAUUUCCGAGAACAUGCUCGCCCGUAUCAACCAGUUGCAGCAAGUUGAAAUCAUCGAGAUUGCUAAAUGCAACCUCGAUCGUAUUCCCCCCUCUCUUGAGGAGCUGGAGGGCCUCAUGACGCUGUGCCUUUCCUACAACAAUAUCCGCAAAUUUUCACAAGAAUUGGGGCGAUGUGAAGCUCUGGAGAGAAUUGUCCUGGAUUGGAACCAGAUCAGUGAAAUUGAGCCUGGAAUAUUCUCAGAGGGCACCUUUCCGAAGCUGGAGGUUAUCAAUUUGUCUCACAACCGUAUCGCAUUUUUACCGUCGGAUUUUCCAAAAACCGCGUCGCAGAGCGUCAACGGCCUGCAGUAUGUGGACCUGUCCUACAACCAGUUAACAUCGGUGCCAGCAGCGCUUAUGCAAUGCAGGUCUCUGAAGGAGCUGAAUCUCUCUCACAACAAGAUGAGCAAACUACCAGAGGAAUAUGGGUUGCAGAAGCUGAAGAAGCUCUUCCUGUCUUUCAAUGAGCUGUCUGCGCUUCCAGAGAACAUCGGUACCAGCAAGGAGCUUGAGAAGCUGCGCAUCACUUCAAACCAAAUCAAGAGGCUCCCAUACUCGAUCCUCAAGCUCUGGAAGAAGGAGGGCGGAAAGUUGGAAGAGCUCCUAGUGGACCGAAACCCACUGCAAGUACCCAGCAUCACAGCGUUCGAGAUGGAAGCAGGAAUGGUUGGCAUGGACAGAGCCUUCCACUUGCUGCAGGAGAGCAAGAUGGAGCAAGAACUUGAGGCCCAGAGGAAGCAGCAUGUGACCGAGCAGCUGGCGAAUGUCCAGCAGGAUGUCGCCGUACCAGCUAUCACAGACACAGCCGAACAGCCUGUUGCAGCAAGCUCUCCUGAUCCUGUUGAUGAUCACCUUGAUUCCUGGUAUUUUGGACACUGCGCAGGUGACCAGGCCAAGGUCCGCGAGAUUCGGGAUGCUGAGCAGAGUUUUCUCGUUAAGAAGAGGCACACUUACUUGGCCAUGCAGAGGAAGAUUGCUGAAAGUGCUCAGGCGGCCAAAGGUGAGAUACCCGAGUACAUGAAGGUGUUUAUGGAUGAGAAAAGCUACCAAAACUAUCGUGGCCGCGUUCAUGAGCAGGACAUUGACCUGAACUUCAUCCUCUUUGUUUUCGCUGCGAAGCCAAUGUACAAGUCUGCACAGACUUGGUUCGACAAGUUCGAAGUUGGCGAGAAGGGCUAUAUGUCCAAGCAGGAGUGGUAUGAGCUGUGUCUGAACUCUCCUCUGGAUGUGCGACAGAAGAUGAUGGAUGACCUUUGGGAUGUCCUCUUCGACAGCUCUGUGAACACGAGCGGCCUGACAGAGUCCUGUUUCAUCGCAGCGUGCCAGAUACACGACCUGGAGGUGCGUGACCCUUACAUCGAGCGCAUGGCUGGAGCCCUUUGUUUGGAUUACUUCGACAACACGAUCUCCGAAAUCGAAGCCAAGCUGGCGCCCAGCAAGAUGGAGUUUGGUGAUGGCGACGGCGAGCACGCCGGGAGCAGGUUAGAAGAGCAGGCUCGCAGCUUGAACGAACCGACUGGUCUGAAAAGUGCGAACCAGCCGUUAGUGAAGCUGCAUACAGGUAGUUCUCACACUGCCAAAGAAGUGCACUCCUUGAAAGAGCUUCUGAAAAAGGUCAGUCUCACAGACUAUGAUGUCCAGCAAGUCAGCCAUUUGGAUGGCAUGGAGGAAGGGAGCGAAGCAGAGUCUGAGAAGUCUCGGGACUCUGCCGAGUUGUCCGAAGAUGAAACCUCUGAGAUGUCUGAGUUUGAUGCCCAAGCCUUCCUGCAAGAGGAGGAACAAGCCAAUCUUAAGACUUCCAGCAAGACACACCAGCGCCUGGCGAUCGGCAGUGAUGCAUCCCUUCGGCAGCUGAUGGAGGCUCCCUUGCAGGAGAUCUUUCGAGGCAGACGCGAUGCUAUGCGAGCCACGGAGGUCUCGGGCCCCUACAAGCGACAGGUGGUCAUCAAACCCCAACGCAACAACAGGCAACAAUCAGACGAGCUCUCUGUUCGGCGAGCUUUGCGUGAUGUCUAUCGGAGUAUGCCGUUCCUCGACUUCUCCGCAUUCGUCAGUUUUCUCCUCCGAACGCUCCACAGUAUCAAGGAAGACAAGCACGACAAUGCAAAAGGUUUAAGCUGUUCAUGGCACGAUGACGAUCCUUCGUUCCGGCAUGCUGUCGGAGCUGCCGGCCUGAAUAAGUACACGUGCCGUCUUCUGGAGAUCAUGGGGUUUGUGCACUUGAACAGCAUCUGUUGGAUUUGGCCAACGGUCCACUUGAAGUCUGCCAAGCAUGGCAAGUGCUGGGGGCACUUGCAAGUGCCGCCCGACUGUCCUGGUUUGGUCAAGAGCCGGCUGGAGCGCAUGAUCCAAGUGCUCACCCAGUGCCUGGUGGCCAUCAAUGACAAGGGCCCUGCAUUCACAG